CAACAAGCGACGCCUUUCUUUCGCAUUUUCCGGUUGCUAUGCUAAUCAGACGGAGGAGACUCGACUAGCCCCCGCGGUGUGAGGCAGCCUUUUCCUCUUUGGAGAGUGGAGGGAGUCUCCGUGAAGGGUGAAAGAUGGUCUGAUGGACCGCCGCUUCUUCCUGACCUUCCUCCUCUGCUCAGUGUCGUGGAUCUUCUUCUGGGAAGUGCGCUGGAAGAAAGGAAAAGAGAGUCAGAUUGAGGAAUGGCUCCAAGGACAUAGCAUCACUCAAUACAGACACUUAUUUGAAGAUGUACAGACGCUGGAGGAGCUGAGUCUGAGUGUGCUUAGCCGUCUGGAAGAGGUGGUGAAGGAGAAGCAGCGGUGGAGGGAACUUGCGGAGGCGCACAUCCAGCUGCUCCGAGACUUUGCCUUCCAGGAGUGGCUUUGUUCGCAGAACCUGGAGCACUUUUACCAAACACUGAAGACCCUGGGUUGCAUGAAUCUGGAUGACCUGUCUCGGUUCGACAGUCAGCUGCAGCUCUCGCUCGCUGCCUGGGGCUUCUACUACGACGACUACCUGAAGCUGUCCACGGGCAUCAAGAUCCUCCAGACGUCCCGGGGGAGCCGCGACCAGGACUACGAGAUCCGGCUGGUGCACAGCCUCGCAGAACGGCGUCUGAAUGAGAAGUGGUCGUUUGCGGGAGCUCUCAUAUUUGGCUGUACUGUGGCGCUGUGCUUCUUGAUAAGGGACCUCAUGUUUUACGUGAUUGGUGGAAUUACUGUUUUCAUCAUAGCGUUCGUCUUCACCAUCAAGUUCCUGUGUGAACUUGCGGCUCGGGUGGUCAGCUUCCUACAGAAUGAGGAUCCGGGGCGGCGCGGCGACCGCAGCAUCUACGACUAUGUCCGCGGAAACUACCUGGACCCCCGCUCCUGCAAGGUGUCCUGGGACUGGAUGGAGCCACAGGAAGUGGGGCAGACGAUGAGCUUCAGGGUUCAGCUGUUUUAUAAGAACGGCCAGCCGUUCCCGGCCCAUCGGCCCGUGGGCCUGCGGGUCAACAUCACCCACAUCGAGCUGGCGCUGGACAUCCCCGUCACGCAGGAGGUCCUGCAGGAGCCCGAGUCCAACGUAGUGAAGGUCGCCUUCACCGUGCGCAAAGCCGGGCGCUACGAGGUCGCCGUCAAGCUGGGCGGCCUCAACGUGGCCUACAGCCCCUACUACAAGAUAUUCCAGCCCGGCACCGUCGUUCCAUCCAAAACCAAGAUAGCGUACCAUUUCUCCACGCUGGUGCUAACCAACGGCAAGCAGCACACGCUGCAGAUCGAGCCCCGGGACGAGUACGGGAACCCCACCAGCAACUCCACGUCCCUCACCGACGAGGCCAACUACAGCGUCCACGUGCACUCGCUCGGCACGGUGGACGAGGACAACACGGAGGACUUCUACAGUAAAUCGGUCUCGCUCAACAAGCAGCAGUGCCAGGUCCUGCUGAGGCUGACGCUGAGGCGGACCGGCUGCUUCAGGGCCCGCAUCUCCUACCAGGACCAGCCGCUCAGCAACGGGGAGUUCGACAUCAUUGUUCUCAGUGAGAAUGAGAAGGCCUGCGUGGAGAAGAACGUGUCCACUCCAGGCAUCAGCAUCUACUUCGAGGCGUACCUGUACAGCAGCGGGAACUACAGCAGCUCGUCGUGGCAGCUGCCGGCCUCGGCGCUGCUGGCCCCCCAGCGGAGGCCCUCCAUGGGCGAGGAGGAGGACGAGCACGACUCCCCCGUGGAGGGGCUCCCCGAGAAGGUCAAGAAACCAAAAAAGGUCUACUGUUACAUAUCGCCAAAGCAACUCUCCGUGAAGGAAUUCUACCUGAAAAUUAUCCCAUGGCGCCUUUUCACCUUUAGAGUGUGUCCAGGAACGAAGUUCACCUACUACGGCCCCGACCCCGUUCACAAGUACCUGACGCUGGUGGUGGACGACGGGAUCCAGCCUCCCGUGGAGCUGAGCUGCAAAGACCGGAACAUCAUGGCCGCCACCUUCAUUCGCUUUCUGCACAAGAACAUCGGCGGCUCGGAAACCUUCCAGGACAAGGUGAACUUCUUCCAACGAGAACUCAGGCACAUCCACUCCAAGAGACCUCGCACCAAGACCUGCCUAAAAAUCACCCGGCACGCCAUCCUCGAUACGUCUCUGAAGGCGACCAGAAACUUCUCGGUGUCGGACUGGAGCAAGAACUUCGAGGUGGUGUUCCAGGACGAGGAAGCUCUGGACUGGGGGGGGCCGCGCAGGGAGUGGUUCGAGCUCAUCUGUAAGACCCUCUUUGAUACGUCCAACCACUUGUUCACACGCUUCAGCGACAACAACCAGGGCCUUGUGCACCCCAACGCCGAUCGGCCCUCGCACCUGCGCCUGAAGAUGUACGAGUUCGCGGGCCGCAUCGUGGGGAAGUGCCUGUACGAGUCGGCGCUGGGCGGAGCCUACAAGCAGCUGGUCCGCGCCCGCUUCACGCGCUCCUUCCUGGCCCAGAUCAUCGGCCUCAGGAUGAACUACAAGUACUUUGAGACGGACGACCAGGAGUUCUACAAGACUAAAGUCUGCUUCAUCCUAAACAAUGACGUGAGUGAAAUGGACCUGGUGUUCGCCGAGGAGAAGUACAGCAAGUCGGGACAGCUGGAGAAGGUGGUGGAGCUGAUAUCAGGGGGAGCUCAGAUCGCCGUCACCAACGACAACAAGAUGCAUUAUCUCAACCUGCUGGCCCAGUACCGGCUGGCGAGCCAGGUGCGAGACGAGGUGGAACACUUCCUGAAAGGCUUGAAUGAACUGGUUCCAGAAAACCUGCUGGCCAUAUUCGACGAGAACGAGUUGGAGCUGUUGAUGUGCGGCACCGGGAACAUCAACGUGCAGGACUUCAAGGCCCACGCGGUGAUCGUCGGAGGCUCGUGGCACUUCAGGGAGAAGGUGAUGAAGUGGUUCUGGGCCGUGGUGUCCAGCUUCACCCAGGAGGAGCUGGCCCGCCUGCUGCAGUUCACCACCGGCUCGUCGCAGCUGCCGCCCGGCGGGUUCAACACGCUCUGCCCCUCCUUCCAGAUCAUCGCCGCCCCCACACACAGCACUUUGCCCACCGCACACACCUGUUUCAACCAGCUGUGCCUCCCGACCUACGACUCCUACGAGGAGCUGCACAAGAUGCUGAAGCUGGCCAUCAGCGAGGGGAGCGAGGGCUUCGGCAUGCUCUGACGCCGCCGCCGCCGCCCACGUCCACCGCUCUCCUCUCUCAGGACGAGAGGGAGCAUUCCAGGAAGCAGAACUCGUGCUACUCUGUAAAUAUAAUAUUUGUAAAAAGAAAAAAAACCACAGACUACUGACGAGGGGGACGUUUUGGCUACUUUUCUUUCUUAAUGCUGAAGUUUGCUUAGUUUUCUAUGUUCCGAGAGACAAACUGUGUUAGAGCAAAGGCCUUGAGUAUUACUGUAUACCUGCUUCUCCUCGCACCGGGCACACUGAGCCUGCGCGGUGGCCUUAACCGAUCAGGGACUGACGUGUGUGUGUAAAUACAUGGUAUAUAUAUAUAUAUAUAUAUCGCUCUUUUAUCUCAGUGCUUGUACAUACUAGUGUGUAUACGUAGGUUUUCAUCCUGUUCCCGUUUUCGUUUGAUAUUUAAAGGAGAAGGGAUUUUUGUUACCGCUGCACGUUUGUUGGGUUCGCAGUUAAUUUAAUUUCUACUGUCCCGGGUUAAAGGGGGUUUUAAAAUAAGCCAAGUAAUUUGUAUUGGUUACAUGUGUUUUUUAACUUAUUGUGUCUUGAUUUUUUUUUUUUUUUUUUUUUGGAGUGUGUGUAUGAGUGUGUGAGUGUGUGUGUUGACCCACACUGUUAAAACAAGUCUUUAUGUUUUCUAACCUGCCUUACUCAUGUCCUCUCGCCUCUGAUCGUGUCCAGAAAGUCUUGUAGCUGAACCCUAGUCAGUAACCGCUGCGUUAGGCCGCGUCUGUCGGACUCGCCGGGGGCGGCGGCGGGGAUGUGCGAGCUGAUCGGACUCGGCGGGGAUCUGCGAGCUGAUUGGAUGUCGGGGGGAGAAGCUCAUAUAUAACAGCCUGUGUGUUAUAUAUGCGUUGUGUGUCCUGUUCUCAUUCCCAGCCUUUUAUGGGUUUACCUCAGACUCUCCUUUAACACCUAUGCAUCCUCCGACACAGGUGUGUUUGUGUGUGUGUGUGUGUGUGUGUGUGUGGCACACCCUCCUCCAGCCCCAGCCGUUUGUCCUUUAGCCAGAUUUUCUCAGAUCCUCCAUAACGCACAACAUUCCCAGUAUGUCUGUUGCUGUGAAACCUAUUUAUUAUUAAUUCUAUUAGUCUUUUCACUGUUCUGAGCCAACAGAGUUUUUUUUUUCCUCUUGUUUUGUUUUUCUGUAGCAUUUUUCUCGCCGUUCCUGAGUUUACAUUGAUUAUUGCUCGUUUGGUUUGAGGGUUGUGUUGCUGCCAGCAGAGGCGAUCUCAGCAGUAUUUUGAUUGGAGCGCGCUCUGAAUGCCGCUCCACUCCAGAUAUUCGAUCUCUCUCUCUCUCUUCCUGACCGUGUUUUAGCUCAUCGGACAGCAAAGGGAUCACUUUAGCGUUGGCUCAUCGCUGACCUCCUCCAGUGUUCAGAGGUUCGGGAGAAGGUUGAUGGAUCUGUGUUUUGUUUGGGUUGUGCAAUGUCUAAUUGAUGUACCGAGGAGAUGUUAUAGAAGUGCUUAUAAAAAUAUUUCUGGGGGGGGGGGGGGGGGGGGAGGGGAGGCGUCUCCAGCAGCAUUACCACGGCCUGACGUCAGGUUUAUCAGACAUGUGUGACUCGACCACUGGAAAGAAGCGUCGAGGAGUUUUGUGUUUAUUGUGAGUGGUUUUCACGAGCAUCUGUUUCAUGUUUGGAUGGUUUCUGGGUUUCGAGGGUCCGAGUGCGACUUUUAGCAGUGUAGAUAUUGUGAAAUAUUUUGCCUAUGACUUUGAAGCCGGGGGAACUCUUCUGUUUUGUUUUUGUUUUUUUUAAACGACGAGCCUUUGCUGAUGAAUGUUUGAGAUUCUCUGGACUGCAGCUCAUUUGUUUAUGGGAAUUAAAAAUGAUGGAAUAAACUCUUAUCUUAUU